UUUAUGAUCGAAGAAGAGGUGGCGAAAAAGUGUCAGGUGAUGUGUCACGGUCAAUGUGACCAUCGGGAGUUCGUACAGUACUUACUGUACUGUCUCUUUAAAACCGCACGGCGACGUCAGAUAUCUUUUGACAGGAGCCAGCCAGCAAAACGAGAAUGUAACGGAUCCACGGAGGGAGAAGGAUGACAAUAAUAAUGUCCCCGGUUGGUUCUCGCGGCGCCCACGUCUCCGUAUCAUGAUAAACGCUGGGCCCGUUGACCGUGUGAUGCCCUCCGCGGCUCGGAGCGGGUGUUGGAUAGCAUGGUGCCAAGCUAUCCUUUUCGGUGUGUCGGGGCUGGUGAUACUGGCCGAAAGAACCUCGCUGAUCUACUGCAUAGGAUUCUACCUAUGGAAUGAGGAAACGCAGUGGGCGGGGUUGACCCUCGCCCUCCUGUUGCCAGGGAUACUGGUCCAGGUGUUGAGUCUCAGGUGGUACCAUGACGAUGGGGAAGACCACUAUUGGUUCCUGACCCUCACACACGUGUUGCAACUGGGCAUCUUCCAACGGUUGUGGGACUGCAUGGUGUCUGUAUGGGACAUGCAGGGCACUGCGGGGGAGCUGGGGGCAGCUGUGAUGCAGCAGGCUGAUGUGUCCGCUCUCCGCCUGUUGGAGGCCCUGGUCCUCACCCUACCGCAGACCCUGCUGCAGACCUACGUCCUGGCCGUCACUGACGUUGAACUCGACUCCCCGGUGGCGGCAUGCGCCGGCCUGUGCCUGCUGUCGCUGUCGUGGGCGCUGGUGCUGUUCAGCCGGGCGUGCUGCCUGAUCCGCCCGGGGCACCUGGCCAUGCCCCCGGCCGCCCUGCUGUGCCAGCUGCUGUGGAGGGCGGGCAUGCUGGGUGCCCGGGUGGCAAGCCUCAUGUCUUUCGCCCGCUACUUCCACUGGUGGACCUGCGGAGUGGCAGGCUUCCACUGGCUCACAGCGUCUUUCUGGCUGGUCGCCCAGCAACCCGAUAUCUGCACUGGCCCGUGGCGCUGGCGGCUGUUCAACGCUGUGCUGGGAUUAGUCCACAUCUUCCUCUUCCUCAAUGUCAAAGAAGGCCCCUCGCGCUUUCGCAUGGCCGGCUUCUACCUGGCCAUGCUACUGGAGAAUGCCACACUACUAGUGGCAGCGUCAGACUUCCUCAGUGAGAAAUCAUGGGAUAGCAUAACCCUCCCUACUAUCGUGCUGUGCAGCUUCCUGCUUGGCACCACCUCUCUGGUCCUGUACUACCGCUUCCUCCACCCCAAGUCCACCGAGAUCACCCAGGGCAAGGGCCAGCGCUUGGGCCACCACAACCACCACAUGGGCUCCACCUGUCUAGAGGGCCUGGAGCGGGGCGAGACUUCCUACUCCCUGGGGGGUGGUUGUGGUGUCAAGAGCCUCCCCCAGGCUGCCCCCUCCUCCCUGCAUAACCACGGCAGCUUCUCCCUCUCAGGCGUGGCCGGCUCCCUCCUGGAGCAUCCUGGGAGUUGUGGUCCCAGGCUGGGUAACUCGUGUCCCUGCCGCCACCACCACUGGCUCCUGAUUCGCUUGGCACUAAAAACCGGUGACUUGGGGAAGAUUAACUGCGCCUAUGGUUCCGGCGGUGUGGCGGCCAUCUUGGAAGUGGACGAGUCCUAUUGUAACUCUGAGGCCAAGAGUACGGGCGGCGGCGGGACGACCACAGCAGGCGGCGGCAGCUGCGACGGGGUCUCCGGGGCUUCCGGGACCUCAGUGUCUGAAUCACAGGGAAUGAAGGGGGGCUUGGUGCCCCUCUCGGACUGCAAGGAGGAGUUCCAGAGCGCUAGCGAUGAGCCCACGUCAGCCGAGACGCCCAGCGAGGGCGAGGAGGAGAGCAAGGACAGCCUGGAGGACAUGGAGAGCCCACUGGAGUCACCGGUUUCUGACUCCUUCAAGCGUAGCUCACCCGAGGGCAAAUUGUUGUUUAGGAAAAGCCCCGAGCCCUAUUUCUGCCCUAACACUACCCUGUCCAGCACCACACUGUACUUCAGUGCCGACCCCCAGUCCCCCAGCAGCACCAGCAACCCCCACCUGGACCGGGUCAGCCCCCCCAUGGGCAUGGCAGGCCUUAGCUUCAUCCCCAGCAACCCCGCCCAUAGGGACAUGACAGGCCUGCAGAUGGGUCGAUUGGGUCCGUGCUACACCUCAACACCCAAACUGGACUCUGGGGCGCAGGGGGACUCACCGCCUAGCAUCCCCCAUCUGAGUGGUCCCAGGAGGCAGCUGAUACUGUCACGCCGAGACCAGGAUGAUGGAUUUUAGUAACAAGGGAGAGAUAAAAAGACAGAUGGGAGAGAGAGACUGAUUAUGCUUCCUCUCUAUUGCCUUUCCAAUCUCAACGCUCAAAACCAGCUCCAUUAGAAGCACACAUAUCUUAUGUAAUAUACAUUUCCUAUAGAUGUGCACCGUUACCAACUCUUGCUGAUCAUUCCAAGUACCAAGUACUUUCUCUUGAGGAGAGGCCGAUACCGGCGAGUACCGAUUCAAGUAUUUAUUUUUCAUAACAUGAACUUUAACCCAGUUCAAUCAAUGCUACCUCCUAAUCAACCAAACAUAAUGCAGUAAACAAAUAAUGACAUAUUAAAACACAAAAAUGCUUUUAAAAAUAAUCAUUUCAAUACAAUAACAAAUAUAGAAAAGUUAUUCUACGAAAACUAGUAGGGCUGGGAAUUGCCAGGGAUCUCACGAUACGAUAUUAUCACCAUACUUGGGUGCCGAUACGAUAUGUAUUGUGAUUUUUACGCUUCUAUAUGUAUUGAGAUUCGAUGUUCCAAACAUAUUGCUCACUAUAUGUCUGCUGCAGAGGGACGAGAGAAAGCCAUGAGAAAACCAGUUUCAAUCAGUCAUGGAAAUAAAAGUGCUGAAAAGAAAUUGGCUCACCAUUUAUAAAGGAGAACACGCUAUAGAAGGAAAAAUACCGGAGUAUUGGCACAGGUACAUUUGACUAGCGCAAAAUGUAUAUCGCAAGAUCGUAAAAACAAAUAUCCCGAUGUGUAACCAUAUCGAUUUUUUUUUUUCUCCCAUCACUACUAGGCAGGAGACAUGACCCCGGCUAAAGUGAAGAUGCCCACCAUAAUAUGUCAGCUACAUAUCUGAACUUUAUCUGCUAGCAUUUACAGAUACCCUGUUCAAGUAGUAGCAUAUCGGCCCGAUACCAAGUACCAUUGAUAGUAUCCGUGCACUUCUAAUUUCCUUGUGUGUUUUUGUUAUUCUUUUGAAAUUAUGCUCGCUCCCCCCUGCCCCCCAAAAUGAACAUAUGAUCAGGGGGGUAUUCACUAGGAACCAAACAAAACCAACCGGAAGCAAACAGUCUUAACAGGGAGUGACUAAGCUGAACUUGUCCAAUAACAAACAGUUUUCAGUGCAAAAACGUUUUGCUACCGUUUGCUAUGGUGUGGAGUAAUGGCGACACCACAGGGGAACAUAUACAUUCAUUUGCUGACACUGCUUAGGACAGACAGGCUCCAAUGUCGACUCGACAAAACUGUUUGAUGCUGAAAUUUGACAGGUGUCUCGCUUUUAUAGAACACCAUUUGCCUUUUGCGAAGUUGUUCAUAUUAACAAACAUGUAUUGCUAAGAGCUAAUUAAUUUUUUAAGGUACAUUGUUGUCAAAAAAUAUGUUAAAAAAUAUAAAUAUUUGUCUCAAAGACAUGUUGAACAUGUAAACUUGCUAAAUGCAGUUUUUCGGUUGAGAUGCUAUAUAAUAUGUUUUUGUACUGUCUCAGGCCCAUGGUUAAGUUUCCACACCUCAAUGUGAUUUAGGGAUAUCCAAGACAUGUUUUGCUGUGCUAACUUUUCCAUCUCUCUUAUAAGGGAUCAUUGUAAUGUUGAUUAAAUGUUCUAUAAAGGACCCAGGAUGAGAUCCAUAGCUGACGCAUACAGAACACUAAAAUGAUGCUGGUUUUCAUAGUUUUCUCCCUCUCAGGUGUUUGCCUAUUCAACAUUUUGUUCCAUAGGUCAAGGCCACUGGUGGCUUGAUAACAAAGAAGCAAUAAAGGUUAUAUUGGGUGGACAUAA